AUGUCUCACAUGGAAGGAGCAUUGAAGAGUCGUGAGGAAGGUUGGAAAGAGGAGCACAUGUCACAUGAAGAUCAGCUAAAUAAACUAUCUACAUUAACAAAGGAGAGGGAAAUGUCCUGGCAGAAACAAAAACAAGAAAUGGAGGAACAUUAUCAACAGUUGCUUAAUGAAAUGCAGGCCAGAAUUAAGAAGAGUCAAAGCGUAGCAGACCAGGCGUGGGAGAAGAUACGAGUCACAGGUGGUGUACAACAGGGGCUAGAGUCUGAGUGUGCUGAACUUCAGGGACGGCUCGGUGAAAUGAAGAAGCAGAACUCUGCUCUUCUUGCUUCAUGCUCCCUGCUCAUUGGUGCUUUCUAUCCACUAUGCUCGCGUUCAAACUUCCUCGCAAUGCAGCGUAGAAUUAUGGAGGAUCAGUUGAACAACUGGGACGUCUGUCGGGAAAGAGUGGAACUUCUUGUUCACACACUGACCUCAGAAAUGAACAAAUCAAAUGGCAAGCCAAAAGAAACUGCUCCGACAAAGCGAAGUGGGGCUCUCGUAUUUAGAACUGGUGCCAUUGCAGUGAUUGCUGCUAAUAGGUUGAAGAGAUUAGGUCAAGUUAGUUCAAGAACGUUUGUUACCCAUGAUUCAGCUACUGGACAGAACAAUAUUCUUGUAUGUACAGGCAGCACUGAUACUCCUGUUAGAGAUGAUGAUGAAGAAAGAUACCAUAGAGAGCAAGGACCUGGUGAGACCGGACUCUUGCACUGGUUGACAAGCUCUGAACUCCUUCAUACACUUACCUCAAGCUCUAGUGAGCUAAUGGAGACUAUCAAUCAAGUUAAAGGAAGAGACAAAGUUGGCACUGUAGAAACAAGAGCCAUUGUGAAUGCAGCAAGGAAUUCGUUUACUCGCCUAUUUGACCGAUUGGGGCGAUAUUACGAGAAUGUGUCCAUAAGGCCUGAUGUAGGAUUUAGAGAAAGAAACUCUUUGGUGCGGUUGUUAGGGCGUGGCCUGAGCAAGGUGCUAAGAACUGGGUCCGAAACAGCUCCAUCUUCCCCACAGGAGCUGAUGAUUUCACUACAGACACAUAUACUGGAGUUUACUCAGAGGUUACACAGUGUAGAGGUUGAGAGGAGGUCCCUGCUGCAGGAGGUUAGUCGGCUACAGGAGGAGGUAGAGAGGCUUGGACCUGAACGAGAGGAACUUGUAACAGAGGGAAAUGAUAUAGCCAUUACACAACAGGGCAACAAGUAUGUACCUAUAGAGAAGUUUGAGAGUGUGUGUAUAGAGCUGAAUAAUGCACUACGUAGAGAAGAGCAGGCACAGAACUUGUUACAAGAACAGGGGAGACAAUUAGAGGAACUCUCUGCUAGAAUGGAUAUAUUCUCAUCUGAGGGAAUGGAGAAAGAACAGACUUUGUCAGAGGCCAUACAGGGGUUAGCUGAGACAAAGUUAGAGUUACGACGUAAGGAACAGACUGUGAGACAGGUAAACAAACAACUUGCAGCACUAGAAGGGGAGAAGGAAUCAUUGCGGAAUAAUUUACAAGAUGCUGAAAAAGCUCUCAGGACUGUUGCCAAAGAUAAAGAUAUACUUACCUCAUAUAUACAGACAGUGGAAAAUGCUCUUGUUAGAACAAAGCAUGAUUUAGGUGGGAAGAAUGGUAAAGAUGUUUCCUUGUCAAAAUUGUUACUCAAUGCUGAUUUUAUACCUAAAGAUGUUGGCAAGGCUGGACCUGAACUUAUAGCAUGCCAGAAUCUAGUUGGAGCAUUUGUUGACUGUCAACAUCAUCUUGAGAGUAAGAUGAGAAGUUUAGAGGAGGAAAGAGAGAACAGUAAACGUCAUGUUAUAUUACUGAAACAAGAAUUAAAUGAUGCAGUACGCAGGGAACAUGAACAGUAUGAGUUUUCCAAACCAACUAGAGACAGGUUUCAGACUGGAGACAGAUUAAUAGAAGAAGAAGAUAUAGAUGAAAAUGACUUCACCCAGAGAGAUUUUAUGUCACUCAGAGAAGAUUCCGAAGUAUCAUUUAACUCAACUAGAAACAAAUCUGCAUUGUCCAGUUCUGGAAGGAAAGGAGAUAG